AUGGAUAACAAAAUUCCAACCCCCGCAACCGCCACCAGCCUUUUUCAUCUCCCGCUCGAGAUGCGACUCGCGGUAUGGCAAGCUAUAGCGCCCUCAGGUCAUGAUGCAAUGAUCGACUGCGGCCCUUUAUAUCAUGCCAAUGGUCAUUGCAAGGUUCUCACCAUUCUUCACCAUCCAGAUGUUUUAGCCGCACGGGAAACCUGCCAUGAAGCGUAUAUAGCCUGGACCCGGGCGACCAUUGCUACUCUGCUCAUGCCCCUCCAUCAUUGGUCCCUCAAAAGUCUUUCUAGGCUUAGUUUCGGCGUUGACUCGAUAGCUACACUCUGGCCUAAUAUCCGGAAGCUUGAUGAACUCUAUGAAGUUCUUCUUCGUCGGUACCAGCGGGGCUACAAGCCUGUAAAGUCUCUCUACAUUGGUAUCUCUACUGUGGUUUGUAACCCAAAGGCCAGCCCUAUCGCAAACAGUCAACUUGGCGAGUGCGGGUACCGUCUUUUCGAACUCGAAGACGCAUUCCUCCCAAGCUUCUUAGAGAAUUGCCAUACCCCAGAAAAGAAGCAUCAUUCUGAUGCAUGCUAUAUCGCCUCUCUCCAAGAGUAUUGGGACAACCACGAACAGCCUCAGGAGCUUCAAAAGGCCUGGGCGCGCCUCACGGCAUCCCAUGAUGGAAAGGUUAACCCUGAACUGAAACCAGUGGUGAUCGGGAUCCAGUUGGCACGUUCAGUCUGGCUCCAAACUCCCGAAGACUUCUACUCUCAUGUUCAAGAGGCCAAAAUCGCUUAUUCUCGUGAGAGCACCGGUCCCCCAUUGAGAUUUUACCCGCGUCCCCCGCUCUACUUGCGUACUAAUGCUCUGCGCCAGUGGCAAUGCCAGAAAUGCCGGCCAACCUGA